UACAUUGUACACAAUGAGGUUUAGGCGAGGAAAGCUUUGGAAAUUUACAUCUCUUGUAACGAUUUCCUUUUGGACAUGUUUCAUCGUUCGACAUAAAUUGAAAUCGAGCAAAGCAACUUCUAAGAAGGUACUACAUCAUAACUCUGAGUGUAAAAUUUCUGAUCUGAAGUCGUAUCUUAGCCGCAGUCUUCCUAAGAAUCCAAGUACCUACUCACGAAAAGCAGAUCAUUUUCCUGAAUCUCGACUUAAUGCUGAUACAACUAACGACGAGAGAAAAUGCCCUGAACUGUACGAGAUAGCACGAGCGAUGCUGGAUGGUGAAAAGAUUGGACUUCCCUGCGAAACAAACCACACGAGGUGGAAAUUUCGAGAGAGAGUCGAUUUGGAUGUUCUUACGAAAACGUAUUUUCACUGGAAUUAUCCAUGGCAGCAAGGAGACUCAGCAGAAACGCGACGAAAACUUCAGAGAUAUAACGUGUCAGCCAGAACUAUACCAGCAAGGAAAUAUUUAGUGACGUACGGUCACAACUGCUGUGAGAUGUCAAAAAAUAGAGCAGUCAAUCAAGGAAUCGAUGUUGGCAAAGUGGACUAUGCUGAAGCUUUAGAUUUGUCCCAUUUAUCUGUGCCUUUCCAGAUCUCUCAUCAAAACCUUUUGAGACAAAGAAAAGGGGCAGGAUAUUGGUUGUGGAAAUCCUAUAUUAUUCUCAAAACUUUAUUGACAAAAUUGAACGACGGAGAUCUACUUAUUUACCACGACGCAGGAGCAUAUUUUGUAAAGGACAUAGGUCCUCUUUUUAAAUUAGCCAUGGACGCGAAUCCCAGUGUCCUUGCAUUCCAUCAGCCGUAUCGAGAACGUCUGUUUACCAAACGAGACGCGUAUGUUUUAAUGGGAAUGGACGAACCACGGGUAUAUCAGAAUAAACAAAACCAGAGAAUGGCUGGAUUGCAAGUAUACAUGAAGUCAUGUGCCACGAUACAAUUUGUAAUGGAGUAUCUCGCGUAUUCAACUGAUCGUAGAAUCGUAAGUGAUGACAAAAAUGUCAUGGGUAAACCAAAUUUUGAGGGCUUCGUAGGAAAUAGACAUGACCAGUCAAUUUUUUCUCUGUUGACAAAGAAGUGGGGAAUUUUAGAGUUACGAGAUCCUUGUACGUGUGGUCGGAAUAAGUUUACUCAAGAUUACAAAUAUGCAUCUGGACCUUACAGUUCUAUGUAUGUUAAUGACAGAGUUAGACAUUAAUCCUUCAUGCAUGUUUCAUAUUAUCGAAUAUUCUAAUAUACAAAAAUAUGCAAUAAUAACAGAAUUAACAGGCUAUUAUAAUAGAACUGUGUUAAUAUUCUAACGCAUAUUUAGUAAAUACAAUAGCAAUUGAAUGGUCGUGUAUUCUGUCAGUGUUUUUCAUUUGACAUAAUAUACAAUAGCAUAAAUAACUAUUGCAGGAAUAUCAAAGUUUUACAAAAUUAUUCAAUCAUUAUAAUGAUUUAAUCGGUAGAUAUAAAAAGCACAAUGUCCAUGUAGGGUGAACUUCCUGAAAGUUACGCUCUGAUGGCAUUAAUAAUUUUGUUUCAAGCUGCCAACUGGCAUUUUCUUAGAGUAUAUUAUGGAUUAAUAAAAAAGACUAUUUAGGCAAUGGCUAUAAAGCCAAAAUCAGAGUUGCCAACAUAUAUAGUGUUCUUCAUAAAUGCAUAUAUAUACUCUAACAGAAAAUGCCAUGGUGUGAAAAACAAAUUUUCUGAUUUGGCCAGCCGUCUAAAUACUGUACAUGCAUCAUUUAUUGAAAAAUGGUCAAAUCCAGGGACGUUCAUGGAAUUGGAGAUCGGAAUUGAUAAAUCCCUUCUUAUACGGGUUCCAAUCCUGCCAGAGGUCCUAUUAUAGUUGUAUUUUUCGCAGUAUGAAAAUUUAAACUAGAAAUUGCCAUGUAUAUAAAAUCAUUCAGCAGUUAAAUCGAGUCACACAUGAAUAUACUACAGCCAGCCGUGUUUUGUGUAAAGAGAUACUAAACUAUAGACUAACUUCGUAUAAAGUAGAUUGUAUCAUUUUAAUUAAGUAAUUAAAAUUAAGAUAGAUGCAAUCAAGUAGAUUGUAGC